UUGCAAAAUCGAACCAACUUUUGCUUGCAAAUAACAUUCGAGUGACGUUGAAUAAUUGCUUUGUUCUAUUCGCAUCCGUUGGGGUAUAUAACCCACCUCCGUGUUGUACUAUCUCAUCUAAUAUCACCAUGUCUCUACCACCUGCUACAAAGUCUAUCGUCUCCAGUCCAGGCAAGAAUGCCGUCACAGACCCAACAGACAAGGUUGCCCUCGAAAAGGACAUUGACCGCAAGAUGCGCCUGUACGGCGUCAUUCAAGCAUUCCGUCGAGGAAGGAUGCCCGACAAUGCCCAGAUUGACCAGACAUUGAACUAUUUCAUCAAAACCUCUCCUAUCGACAUCUCCAAGCUCAGUCCAGAAGGCCAAAAGCUCGUUGUAGACGUGCGCUCUAUUCUCGAGACGACUCGUCUUCAAUUCCAAGAAAAGAAUGCCGAUGAGGUUCUCCAACAAUUCAUCUAUCACACCUCGUCUCAACAAUUCCGCGACCGUGCCGUCAAGAAUGCAAAGGGUACUCUUCCUGAUGAUUCGGCCAUUCCCAACAAGGAAGAUGCUUCUCGCGACGGCGAACAGGCCGUUCAACACCUCCGUACCCUCGCUCAACUCCUCUUGACCAACUCGGAGGCUCGCAAGUUGGUCCAAGAUUUUACCCUCAUUGGACGUGACAUGUUUGCACGUGGUGCCAGUGCUGCUGCUGAACGUGCCCGACCUGAUGCAGAGCGCAUGGCCAAGGCGGACGAUUCCAUCAAGCCUCUUGAAGGAGGCGUCGAUAUCAGCAAGGAUGGUUUCCGUGGCGCUUUUAAAAAGGGUUUUGGAAAAGCCGAGGCAAAGGCUGCUGACAACGCAGAAGUAACGCCACCCAGCCAAAAGGUGGAGGGCGUUGACAAGAAUGCUGCUAUCACUUCUGCAAAGGAGACUGCCCUCGCUCACGCCAAUCUCGCCAAAGAGGACCCGGAAGCCGCCAAAGCCAAGGGCAAGGCCACCGCCAGCAAUCUCGCGGACAAGAUCCCCGAAAAGCACAAGCAACGCGCUCGUGACGAGACCCAACGCGUCAAAGACUUUUUCAACGAAGAAUUCCCCAAGGAAAGGAAGGACCAAUUUAUUUGGAGGAUGAAGAAGGUGGUCGUCGAGUGCCAGUCUCACUCUGCCUACCAGGACGCCAUCUCCUGGCUACUCUCUACCGUCGAGGCCUACUUUAAACAAGCCAAGGGCGUCAGCUCCAAUCAAGGUCAGACGGCCAAGGGUCUCUUUGGUAACGAUCCCGUCAUCCAACAAGCUUGGUCCGAACUCCGUGUCCUCUUGGAACGCUUUGCCGGUGGACGCAGUCUCGACCCCGUCUUUGACGCCGUCCAAAACAUUUGGAACGAUGCGAAGGAGGAUCAGGAAUUCCGCGCUUGGUGGAGUCGUGUCGACAAGUUUAUUCGCAAGACGUUGAUGGAGCCUGGAUUCAUUCUUCAACCUCAAUUCAAUAACGAGUCUCAGGCCAUUUUCCACGACCAGGCCAAGGAAUUCUUUGACGUUCGCUACCGCCCCCAUCGCGACCUUCUUGUCAACAAUGGCAAGCACUGGGUUGACGGAUGGGCCGCUGAUCCUCUUAACAAGCGCUUGACUGAUCAAUGGGCCGGUCUCGUCAAGGACUUGCUCAUGAAUGACAAGGGCAGCCUCAUGUGGAAGGGAGCAUUGUGGACCGACAUUCGAAAGGUUAUCCUCCCUACCCUUGUCGAACAAGUUGGCUACAUUCCUAUUCCUCGUAUCGAGUACACGGACGACAAGCUCGAUCUUGUCAUUGAGAACCUUACGCUCCAAGGCCGCAACCUCUUCCCCAACAUUGUCGAGAUUGCCGCCCAGACGCACAUGAAGAUGUCUCCUUAUUCGACCAUUAAGGAUGAGUAUCAUCACACGAUGACUCUUACCCUCAGUCAGAUCCAGGCUGACAUGCGCGAUGUUACCUUCUACUUCCGCAAGAAGAGCGGCUUCCCGAAAAUCAAAGACUCUGGUCUUGCCGACGUUUUCCUCGGUGGACGUGGUAUCACUGCGACCGUCACUAUUGUCAACAAUACCAAGUCGUCUCAAAAGAGCUUGUUCCGCGUCAAGAAUGUGCACGUCAAGGUCGACGCUCUCAAGUUCUCUAUCCGCGACUCUCGCCACGAUAUCCUCUACAAGACCCUCCGUCCUCUUGCCACUGGUCUUAUCAAGCGUCAAGUGGCCAAGGCCAUUGAGGAUGGUAUCCGCGCCGGAUUCGAAUGGGCUGAUCGUGAAUUGACCAAGGUGGGCGAAGGCUCUACAUUUGACGUUAUCAAGAGCGCCUUUACUUCAGAGGGUUCGACGACUGCUGCUACCGCAGACGAGGACACGACAAUUGCCGCUUCGCGCCGCAGUGCAUCUCCGAGUGCUACCUCCAAGGGCGUGAAGAGGAACAGCACCUUCAAGAUUGUUCCCAAGCGCGAGUCGAUGUUACUCCCCGAGGUUGGUCAUGAGCGCGGUUGGAUCCGCAAGCAGGGUGAGAAGGAGGAUUUGGCUGCUGACGGCGAAGGAUGGAAGAGCACUGCUUUCUCCAUUGUCCCUGAGAAUACUCCAAAAACCCACCACGCCCCCGCCGCCACUGUUGUGUGA